AUGGCUUUAGGUCUUGGCCUCUUCUCCUAUCAGAUUUAUUUUCUCAGACUUUUCUGUUUUGCUUUCUGGAUUCGAGGUGAUGUGAACCGCUUUGAUGCAGACGACAGCGCCAGCAAUGGCUGCGAGGCCGGCUGCCCCAAGGUGCCACGCACCGAGUGCCGCAAUUGCAGCAGCCCUACCACCUGCACAGUGAUUGGCACUUGUGAGGAGAACUUCUUCAACGAUGACGGAGACCCUCGCAAUGGCUGCGAAGCUGGAUGCCCUUCUGUUCAAGGAGGCACUUGUGAAGCUUGUGCCGAUUCGUCUCACUGCACCAAAGUCGUUUGCCACCCCAACCACUUUGACGUGGAUGGAAGCCCAGCGAAUGGUUGUGAAGUGACUUGCCCAAAGCUUCCUCAGGCGGAGUGCACGCGAUGUGAAGAUCCGAAAAGCUGCUCGGAGCUUCGAUGCCAAGCGAACUGGGCGAACAAAGAUGCGGAUCUCAUGAACGGCUGCGAGAUGCGCUGCGGAGAGGUCCCUCAUGCGACCUGCGUGGACUGCGCGGUGCUCAACAGCUGCUCCAACAUCUCUUGUGAGGCCAACUUCUUCGACAAUGACGGCUUUCCGGAGAAUGGUUGUGAAGCUGGAUGCCCGAAUGUCAGCCAUGGCCUUUGUACGAAUUGUAGCUCAUCCAACAAUUGCACUGCAAUCCAAUGCUGGCCGAACUGGUUUGAUGCUGACCGAGAUCAGCAAAGCUGCGAGAUGCCUUGUGGACAUGUGCUUGGGGGUGACUGCUUGGCGUGCAGCAGUCCAAGCAACUGCACCAAAGUGAAGUGUGCUGACAACUAUUUCGAUGAAGAUGGAAAGAGCGAAAAUGGCUGCGAGAUUUUGUGCCCAAAAGUAUCGCAUGGUGUUUGCAAGAGCUGCAUACACGAAGGAGGCGAGCAUAUUUGCACCUCUGUGGUGUGCGAGAAGAACUGGUUCAAUGCCGAUGGCCUUGCACGGAAUGGCUGCGAGACAACUUGCCCAGUCUUGAGCCAUGCGAAAUGCUUGAGCUGCUCGAGGCCCCUCCCGUCCAAGUCCCGCUGCGAGAAGGGCUGGUUCAAUGAGGAUGGUAAUAUUUCCAACGGCUGUGAGGACGGGCAUUGGACGAUGUGCUGUCAUUCUUUUAACGAGAAACAAACCCCGGAAGUGUGUGGCAAAUUGGAAUGCCACCGCAACUACUUUGAUGUUGAUGGGGCUAUGGACAACGGCUGUGAAACCUCAUGUCCGAGAGUCUUGUGGGGGAUGUGCUUGGAGUGCAGCGACCCUAAAGUCUGCGACAAGCUGACAUCAUGCCCGCCGAACACCUUCAACUUUGACGGAAACAAUUCCAAUGGUUGUGAGGGCAGUUGCAUGAAUGUCACCGGAGGGGUUUGUACGUCCUGCACAGCGAUCGACAAUUGCAAAGCGGUGAAGUGCCACAACAAUAGCUUCGACAUGGACGGCAACGCCACUAACGGCUGUGAGGAGAGCUGCUGGGCACCGGAGAAUGCCGACUGCGCGGGCUGUAGCAAGGCCAACACCUGUGAUCGCAUGAAGUGCCACAGGAACUACUAUGAUGCAGACAGGAAAAUCGAUACUGGCUGCGAGGUCCUUUGCCCUACUGUGGAGGGAGGCUCCUGCACGGCCUGCGGCGACUCCUCCACAUGCACGGCGGUGCAGUGCGACUUAGGUCGAUCCAACUCAGAUGGCUUGGCGGCGAAUGGCUGCGAAGUGACAUGUCCGGCAGUUGCGCAUGGAACUUGUGCGCGGUGCACAGGAUCUUCAGACUGCAGCGCGGUGCACUGUGAUGAAAACUGGUUCAAUCUGGAUCAUGAUGCCAUGAAUGGCUGCGAAGUGCAUUGCCCGGAAGUUCCCAACGGUGAUUGCCUUGGCUGCAGCAGCGCCUCUACGUGUACUUCCGUCAGCUGCAGGACGAAGUUGAAGUUGAUAUCCAGAGCUCUAGACCGGUCGUUGCACAGGAACAAGUGCCACGCUAGUAGUAACAGGUGCCUUACUAGUAGUAACAAGUGCCACGCUACUAGGAGCAAGAACGCUACUAGUAACAAGUGCCACGCUACCAGGAGCAAGGACGCUACGUUCGGGGCUCCUGGCCUUACUACUAGGAGCAAGAACGCUACUAGGAACAAGGGCAUCGCUACUAGGAGCAAGAAGCUAUGA